AUGACGGGCACGCCAGGCGCCGCUGCCACCCGGGAUGGCGAGGCCCCCGAGCGCUCCCCGCCCUGCAGUCCAAGCUACGAUCUCACGGGCAAGGUGAUGCUUCUGGGAGACUCAGGCGUCGGCAAAACCUGUUUCCUGAUCCAAUUCAAAGACGGGGCCUUCCUGUCCGGGACCUUCAUAGCCACAGUCGGCAUAGACUUCAGGAACAAGGUGGUGGCUGUGGAUGGUGUGAGGGUGAAGCUGCAGAUCUGGGAUACUGCAGGGCAGGAGCGGUUCCGCAGCGUCACCCAUGCUUAUUACCGAGAUGCCCAGGCCUUGCUCCUGCUGUAUGACAUCACCAACAGAUCUUCCUUUGACAACAUCAGGGCCUGGCUCACUGAGAUUCAUGAGUAUGCCCAGAGAGACGUGGUGAUCAUGCUGCUAGGCAAUAAGGCGGAUGUGAGCAGUGAAAGAGUGAUCCGUUCCGAGGAUGGGGAGACACUGGCCAAGGAGUAUGGUGUUCCCUUCAUGGAGACCAGCGCCAAGACGGGCAUGAACGUGGAGUUAGCCUUUCUGGCCAUUGCCAAGGAACUGAAAUACCGGGCUGGGCAGCAGACUGAGCAGCCCAGCUUCCAGAUCCGAGACUAUGUGGAGUCCCAGAAGAAGCGCCCCAGCUGCUGUUCCUUUGUGUGA